GCGGCGCCCUUUUAUGUCGUCACGGCGCAGCUGGGUUCUUCUUGGUGCCAGCAUGGAAGGACUGAAAAGUAUUCCCGAGACGGGGAAGGCAGCUCUUUCCGAGCCGGGUCCUAGGGAGCUCCUGGAAGAUGAAUGUUAUGUGGAUUUUUUGCGGGAAGACUUUGAUGUGAAAGCCUACACCUCUCAAUCCAUCCACCAGGCUGUUAUUGCUGAACAAUUAGCAAAGCUUGCUCAAGGGAUCAGCCAGCUAGAUAAAGAACUCCACUUGCAAGUAGUUGCAAGACAUGAGGACUUGCUGGCACAAGCCACUGGCAUAGAAUCUUUGGAAGGUGUUCUCGAAAUGAUGCAGACCAGAAUCGGUGCCCUGCAGAGUACCGUUGACAGGAUCAAAGGCAAAAUUAUUGAUCCCUACAACAAAAUCGUAUCCCGCACGGCGCAGCUAGCAAGGCUUCAGGCUGCUUGCGACCUGCUGAGGAGAAUAAUACGGAUCUUGUACCUCAGCAAAAGACUUCAAGGCCAGCUUCAGGGUGGAAGCCGGGAAAUCACCAAAGCUGCUCAGAGUCUCAAUGAACUUGAUUACCUUUCUCAAGGAAUAGACCUUUCUGGAAUUGAAGUAAUUGCAAACGAAUUGCUUUUUAUUGCAAGAGCUCGACUCGAAGUUGAAAACCAGGCCAAACGGUUGCUUGAACAAGGAAUUGAGACUCAGAAUCCUACUCAAGAAGGAACGGCUCUUCAAGUUUUCUAUAAUCUCGGCACAUUGAAAGUUACAAUCGCUAAUGUUGUGGAGGGAUAUUGCACAGCCUUGGAGGAAAACGUGCACGGCGCUUUGGAUUUUAAAGUUUUGACUCAGCCUUCUCAAGCAGCUAGAGGUGGUCCCGGCCGAGCAGCUAUGCCCACCCCAGGAAAUACUGCAGCCUUCCGAGCAGCCCUCUGGACCAAUAUGGAGAAAUUGAUGGAUCAGAUCUGUGCAGCUUGUGGACAGGUGCAACAUCUCCAGAAGGUCUUGUCGAAGAAAAGAGAUCCGGUUACCCACGUUUGUUUCAUUGAUGAAUUGGCAAAGGAUGGCCAGUCCGACAUUUUGUACACCUUCUGGACAGCAGUGACUCAGACUCUGGCUUCAGAGUUUCAGAAAGCAUCUGAGACUUCCAUGUUUCUGAAACAGGCUUUUGAAGGCGAAUAUCCUAAAUUACUGCGCCUGUAUAAUGAUUUCUGGAAGCGCCUUCAGCAAUACAGCAAAAGCAUUCAGAGAAACCUGAUUGCGAACGGCAGCGCCGAGCCUUUAUCCGAACUUCUUCAAAUAGAUGACGAUACGCAGGACCUGUUCAUGCAGAAGAAACAAGAUUACGACCCGGAGAAAGCAUUAAAAAAUUCUUUGCAACUGUACGAAGCUGCCUAUCUCUCGAAAUCGCUGUCGCGGCUCUUUGAUCCCAUCAACCUGGUCUUUCCUCCCGGAGGUCGCAACCCUCCAUCGGCCGACGAACUGGACAGCAUCAUUAAAAUCAUUGCAAGUGAGCUGAACGUGGCAGCUGUGGAUGCAAACCUCAGCUUGGCGGUAUCAAAAAACGUGGCAAAGACCAUCCAGUUAUUUGGCGUGAAGUCUGAACAACUUCUGUCGACGCAGGGAGAAGCCAGCCAGGUGAUUGGCCCGUUAACCGAAGGGCAGAGACGGAACGUGGCGGUUGUGAACUCCCUCUACAAGCUGCACCAGUCCGUUCUAAAAGUGAUCUCCAACCAAAGUGGAUUUCCAACCACUUCGGAGGAUACUGUUCAUGCUGCUUUGAAGACAAUCCAUGGUUUGAUGGGCAACGCCGUGCAACCUUUGCUGGACUCGGUGGGCGACUCCAUAGAAGCUAUUAUCAUGACCAUGCAUCAGGAGGAUUUUUCCGGGUCCCUGCCUCCUUCGGGAAAGCCGGACGUCCCUUGCUCUCUGUACAUGAAGGAGCUGCAGGGGUUCAUCUCCAGGGUCAUGAACGACUAUUUCCGGCACUUCGAAUGCUACGAUUUUGUCUACGAGAGGACCGAAGGCAUCGCUCAAAGGGCCAUCGAGGUCUUCAUCCGCAACGCCAGCCUGCUCCGCCCUCUCGGCGAAGGAGGGAAAAUGAGGCUGGCGGCCGACUUCGCUCAGAUGGAGUUAGCGGUGGCCCCCCUGUGCAGACGGGUCUCUGACCUGGGGAAAUCCUACAAACUCUUAAGAUCCUUCAGACCCAUGCUCUUCCAGACCAGCGAGCAUAUCUCCAACAGCCCAGCGGUGGGAGACGUCAUUCCGUACAGCACUGCCAUCCAGUUCUUAUUCACGAGGGCACCACCCGAAUUGAGAUCCCCGUUCCAGAGAGCAGACUGGACCAUUGCCCGUUACUCGCGAUGGCUAGAUGACCAUCCGGCAGAGAAAGAACGACUCGUUUUAAUACGGGGUGCCCUGGAAGCGUAUGUCCAAUCUGUACGAAGCAGAGAAGGUAAAGAAUUUGCCCCGGUCUAUCCCGUAAUGGUGCAGCUGCUGCAGAAAGCACUGGUUUCUCUUCAGUAAAUGGUUUUUCUGCAAAACGCUGGAAGCCCUGAGCAACCUGUAAGGUAGACUUCAGAGUUCCUACAAGUAGCAGCUCUCUGAAACUGGUUCAACAAUCCACAGCCUGUUUUGACUUUUGUCCUCAAAUGCAUUCUGCGUCUCUCAGCUUUUUUCCAAAUGGUAUUUUUAUAUUUUACUGUUUUAAUUGAAAAUCAAACAUUUCUAUUCGAAAAGGCUCUAUUUCUGCGUUGGUAAAACAAAGCUAAUCUUAAAUCGGCAAGAAAAAAAAUACGCUUGGAUUUAAUGUUUUCUUUUCAGCAACUGUUCGAGUUUAAAAAUAUCACACACACACACAUAUAUAUAUAUAUACAUACACAGACGUGUGUGUAUAUAUUAUAUACAUACAUACACACACACGUGUGUGUGUGUAUAUAAUCUACACACACAUGCAUAUACAUAUUUUAUGUUGACUUAUGAAAUAUUUCAGAUUACGUCAGUGUAAUGUUGUAUGUACAAUGUUCUAAUUGGAAAUGUAAUUAAAAUAUUUCUACCAGUCCUUGUUUUCAAGCAGUCCUUCAAUUAGGCAAACCAGUAAUAUCAAUUCACAAGACUUGUAUUGUGAUACUUCAUAUAUUUUAUAUAGAGAAAAUAUACAAGAAUAAUUUUUUACAAUUUAUUUUGAAAUAAUACAAGAAUACAGUGUGCAAAAUCAUAGGAGCAACAUGUAAGAGACGUACAUAUCAGGUGCUGAAAUUUCUUGUGAUUUCUUGACAGAAACACCCUAUUUAGUAAUAUUAAAAGCUAUGUUGUAAAUGUUCACAGCAAAAGUAGCCAUUAAUCGAAUAUAUAUCUGCUCUAUUUUUUUAGAUAGAUUGGGAGAGGGGAGUAAAGUGCAAAUAUUGCACCGAAAAUAAGUGCAAGGUUUGUCCCCACCAUAAAUGAUGUCUUAUGGCAAAAUAAAAUCUUUUUAAAAUACGCAGCAUAGGAAAAAAAAUUAACAUUAAAUGAAAGUAUGAUGAAAGCACCAUUCCUCUUGAACAAUGCAAUCUGCUUGCGGGUUUAAUCUUUUCCAACGCAGCUCAGGCUUCUCACCAAGCCUCAUAUUUUACGAGGGAAGGUGUAUCACACCCAAAAUAUAAAUUAUAAAGGUGACCCCCUUCCCGUAUAGACAACAAUUUGCUACAUAUAGUGUACAUUAUACUAUUCGCUUUGCCACGUAUUCUGAUAUUUUUGUUGGCACCGGGCAAACUAGAAGUUCAUUAUAAUUAUAGGUCAGAAAAUUCCAGCUUGCAAAAUUGGUAGUUUAAUUACAUAGUUUGUGCAAUACGUAUUAAUCAGCGAUAAGAAUUGUUCUAUAAACAGAUGUUACAUUUCUUUUCAACUUCCCCUUUUUUGUGCAUUUUUUUUCCUUAGAAAAUAAAACUUUUUAUACAAAG